AUGGCUUCACGACGCAGGAUCAUUCUUGACACAGACCCUGGAGUCGGCAUCCCCGGCACUGAUGCCGACGACCCUUUGGCACUGCUGCUAGCCCUAGGCGAUCCGCGCCUGGAGUUGCUAGCAGUCACAACGAUAUUCGGCAACACUCCGCCGGCCCUUGGGGCGCGAGGAGCAGCCAAAGAAUGGCGACUCGGCUGGAUGGCACUCUACACCCGAUCCGACCCUCGUGGAAAGGAGGGCGCCAUCCCGCUGCCCUCUGCCGAAGAGGCAGCUGUCAAAGAACAUGCAGUGGACUUUAUCAUACGAUUAGCGCGUGAGAACAUGCACCAGCUCACCAUCGUUGCGAUCGGUCCCCAGACAAACGUGGCGAUGGCGCUCCUCAAGGAGCCGCGCCUGUCCAGCUGGCUGCACUCGAUCGUCUUCAUGGACGACUCUCUUACGAUGUCUGCCCGUCAUGGCCGUCGGCGUGCUGCUGGGCUCGACCCGACAUAUGGGCGCGGCAAUAUCACGCCGAUAGCCGAAUGUAAUAUUUACUUUGAUGCUCCGGCGGCGGACAUAGUUUUCCGGUCUGGCGUGCCCUUGACCAUGGUAGGGCUGGACUUGAGAAACCCUAACAGCGGAAUCGCCCUCUCGACAAAAGCCAUCACCAACGGCAAUCCAGAUUCUUCAUCUAUCGCUGCCUUGUUUCGCGAGAUUUGCCAGACUUAUCUUAGCACACCAAUGUUUCACUGGACGCACGGCUGCGUAUUGUACGACCCGCUUUGA